AUGCUCCCUGAGCUCGAGGGCAUCCUGCUUUCUAAGCGUGGAGUUGAUCAAGCGGGCCGUAGUCUUCACGUUUGUAAUCUGUGCGAUGAUAGCUUGAAAAAGCGGGAGAUUCCAAAGUUUGCAAUCAAGAACGGGUUUUGCAUCAGUUCACUGCCGACCAAUCUGCAGCAGGCGACGUUACCCGAACGUGUGAUGACUCAGCUCGUCUCUGUAAUGGCCGUCACCAGGGUCAUGCGUGGAGGUGCACAUCGCGCGAUUCGUUCUCAUUGUCUUACGUUUGACGCGACGCCGGGACCACAAGCGAUGUUGUUGCCGACGACAAUGCGCGGCGUGACUUCGUAUCGUGUCGUCAUGGCGGGGCCAUUCACUACCAUCCAACAAGCUCGUGUACGAAAGAUGCAUCGCGUGCGACGAACAAUGGUCGAGGACCUGCUGCGGUUUUAUCGUAUCCAUAACUCGCUCUACGAGCACAUAGCUGUCGAUUGCUCACAGCUAGCCGAAGACGAAGUUCCAGUUGAUAUGUUGAGUGAAGAGCCAGACGCUGCAAUCGAGGCAGAAGACGUUGAUGUAGAAGGCAGCCGCGUUGGGGGCGUCUUCGCCAGCGAGUCUACUGUCGCCGAGGAUGAAGUGGCGGAGCGGCGCGUGGUGUUCGUGUCUGAAGAUCGUGAGGUCGCUACUUGGAGUGAGUGUUCGGCCACCGACGACCGCACAGGUUCAGCUGAGUGUGCACAUACGGCUGUUGAGUUCUUGAACGAGACUUCGUCAGCUCCGCAAUUCUUAGUUCGUCACUCUAGCCGGUUUUCCUCGAGCCGUAAAGAGCUUUUUGCUCAGAUGUUCCCCCACCUUUUUCCAUACGGCCGCGGUCACCCAGGCGAGACGCGGCCCGUUCCAGUAUCACUUGAAGCUUGCAUUCGUCACUAUGGUAUGCUGAGCUCACGGCGGUUUGCUGAAGACGAACUGUUCAUGCUAGUUGCCUUCGACCACAUAUCGUUAAAGAAAAUGUACACUCAAGUGGCGCUCAAGUGCAAACGGAACCCCGCACUUUUCGAGCCUUUCAGUGACAUGUCGGAGGCGGACUUGGCGCAGGCGCUCAAGCAGAAAGAGUUUUACCGACAAGGUCAAACGCGUGCGUCUCGUGGCGAGCAGUCGAUUGCAGAGAGACUGCUGCACUCAGUCGAUAUCAGCGGAGGAACGAUCUGGGGUAGUGGUGCCGAGCGUGCGCAGUGCCGUCGACGAGCUUUCGCUUACCAGGCACGCUAUGGUCAGCCGGCGCUCUUCGUUACACUGACGCCCAAUGUGGCCGAGUCAUUCGUGAUGGCUCAGUACACCGGCGUGUCUUCGGUCGACACGCUCUUCGAUGCUGAACUUGUGGGAGCGCCUGGCAAGUCGGUAAUGCAGAGUGCAAGCUUGAAGAAUGAUGUUGUGAGUGCACGGUUGUUCAUGCGCAACAUGGACGCUUUCAUUGAACAUGUUCUUGGCGUGAAUCCUGAUGACAUGAAAGGUAAGCCGUUCGACGGGCUUUUUGGAAAGAUUGAAGCAUACUUCGGCAUGGUCGAAACGCAGGGCGGCGGAACACUGCAUGCCCACUUCCUCAUUUGGUUGGUAGAUGCGCCUCCAAAUUCAGCAGCGUUUGACCGCGCUGUCCAGACACAUGGCGAGCAGUACUACCGCAACCUUGAGGAGUAUACAGACAGUGUCGUGACGACGUUACUUCCGCUGAAUAUUGCUGACUCACACUGCCAGUUUUGUGGCGAGUCGUACGCGCGUUUGAAGGAGCUGCCGAUCCCAAUUCAAGCCUACACAAGUCCAAACCACCGACAAGACGGGCAGUCAAUGGAGCCGUUGCUGGUUCAAUGUGGUCACUGUGGCCGCAAGGCGAGCUCCCAGCACGUUUUGCGCCGCGUGGUUCUCGGCCAUCGACCACCACUUUGGCCACCGCCGCGGCGAGAACACUCGACCAACGAGCUGAAGCUGGCGACGGAUCGUGAAGCGCUUUGCCGAGGCUCGACAAACGCUGCGAAAAAUGCAAUCUUCUUUCGCGACUGCUACUUGGAGGGCCGCGAAAAUGAUUCCGAUAGUGAAGGAACCACCUUCGGUCGCUGAACCGUCCGACACAGCGCAGCGAGCGCUUUCAAGAUGACUUGUUCCGCAUUGACUCGGUC